GCUUCAAGGGAAGGCUUCAAGGUGUAAAACGAAUGCGUGCAACUUAGUCUACGUACGUGGUGGCCAGGAUGAUAAGCUGAUCAAGCAAACGACCUGGAAUCAUGGCAUCUGCAAACAGGGCAGGAUUUUAUGUGUCCUGGGAGCAGGUCAAUGCUUUCUUUGCCAUGGCUGAGGAGGCACUUAAGGCUAAAACAGCGGCAAAUGAGGCUUUGAGAGAGGACGCCGAUAAUCUUCGGGAGGAGCUCCAAGAUAAACGGACAUCUUACAUCAAGGUGCUCAGGAAGGAACAGGCUCUGUCAGAAGACUCUGCGUUUCUGAAGGAGCAGAUGGAGAAGCUCCUGAAGGAGCGUCUUGGCUUCCAGGAGAGGAUUGCUGCCCUCGAAAGGGAGAACAGGUUUCUGCUACAGGAGAGGGAGAUCAUGGGGCAGCAGCUGGAAUUGGAUGAGCGGGAGGCAGAGCCGGAGGCGUUGGCGCGGACGUUGAGGGAGCGGCUGGAGGAGGAGCGCCGGCGCAGCCAGGAGGCCGAGGCCGAGCUAGACCGCCAGCGCGCGGCUGCAGCCGGUCUCGGCGCCGCGCUGUCCCGCGCCGAGGCUGCGCUCGCCGCCAAGAAGGCCUUCUGGGAGGAGAAGGAGGCGAGCCUGCUGCGCAGCCUGGAGAGCGCAAAUCUGGCGGCGCUGACGGCCACGCGGCAGGCGCUGCCGCAGCUGCCGCACCCUCUCGCACUGCGUUCCCUCCUCAACGGCGUCAUGAGCGGCGCCACCGCCGUGCGUGAAAACCUCGGCCGGGGCAUUCGCGCCGCCGACUCGCCGGGCGAUGGCAGCAGGAGCAGAUGUCUGAGUCCGGAGGGCAGCGCUGCCCGGCCGGCCUCAGCGGGCAGCCGGCCUAGCCCGUCAGGCAGGACUCCGGGCAGGCCCCCGACCACCUCUGAGAAGCCUUCCGCGCCUUCGGGUGCAAGUUUCCGGACGCCGGAUAAACUCCCCGUCAGCGACAAACCCUCGGCGGCCGCGCCGGGGCCCCAAUCCGCAGAAAAGGCGUCCGAUGAAAAGCGCGCGUUGGCAGAGCGGCCGGGGAGCGGCAAAAAGGCGGCCGGGGGAAGGGGUUUGACGGUACCAAUGCAUGCAGACGCGGCAUCUUCAGGGCGGGCUUGUGCAAAUAGUGGCAGCACACAACGGGCGCACAGCGGCGAUGGUUCGGGGCCGUGGCAGGAUCCUCAGCAGCAGUUGCUGGGCGACCCCUCAUCCGACAGUUGCAUGGUUGCUGAUAACUUAUCCCCCUUGAAGGGGGAUGUGCCGCUGCGGCUGUUGUCUCCUCAGCUUCACUGCUGA